AUGAAGAUUCGCGAGUCUCUCAUAUCGAGGUCCAUUCUUAAGGCAAUCGCACAAGAUGAAUCCGACACAGCGCCGAACAAAUCGAGGCUCCAUCACCGAGUCAUCAGGCUCGUCCUUGCCUUCUUUGCCCUGUUCAAGCUUUUCCUAACUCGGUAUCGUCGCAAUGACUUUGCUUCCUUGCGUGAGGGUGUCUGGAAGCUAGAUGAACGCGAGUAUCUCGACUCUUUCAGGCCACUGCAAACACCAGACGGCGUUGAGGGACAGCAAGUCCAAGGCGAUAAACUGAGACUGAAGCCUGUCGGAGACUUGGGCUACAGUGGCUCGACAUUCUUUACUACUCCGAACUCCAAGUACCUCAUCAAGUCUCUUCCUCGUCGAUUUGAGCACACGUUCUUCACACACGAUCUCUUCAACCCAUAUGUCGACCACAUGCGCAACCAUCCCCACAGCUUGCUCGUGCGGAUCGCCGACAUGGUGUACACACCCCACCCCACGCUUGGUGGCAUCAUCGGUACGGCACCGACCCAUCAUAUUAUCAUGGAGAACCUACUGUAUGGAAAGCAAGAGAGCGGCGACGACUGGCAUGCCAUGAAGUGGGAGACGUACGACCUCAAACCCAGUAACUACUUCUUCCCAGAGCGCGAUAUUGCCGAUGGCAAUCUGGCUCCUCAGAGUGUCAAAGACAAGCUGGUUGACGAGUUCCCUGACCGCGUCAAGGUCGACGCGAAAAGCAAGAAGGAACUGCUCGACAUAUUGUCUCUCGACACACAACUCUUGGCCGACAAAAAUGCCAUCGACUACUCCUUGUUCCUCGUUCGAUAUCCAGGCCCUAACACCACGGAUCCGCAACCCGAUGUCGCCAAUGUCAAAUCUGAGGCUGAACUCUGGCGAACGGGCAUGACAGAUUCGGCUGGCUUAUGGACGUACCGGGUGGUGGUCCUUGACUUCUUCUGGGCGAGGCACAAGUUUCAUGCUCAGGCCAUGACUGGCCUUGUCAAGCUGUUCAAUAAGGUCGCUCACAAGGGACCAAUGAGCAUCACCGCCAAUCCGACGGAGUACCGAAAGAGAUUCCUUAGCAUGGUCGACGCCAUUGUUUACCUUCCCAACCUCUUCAUCAACAAAGACUCUGACCAACGAGCGAGCCGCGCCAUCGACCAAGCAUUUACUCUAGACACAAUGGCGCAACACAGACCUCCCGAACCCCCCCUAUCACAUUCUUAUCGUGCGGCCUUUGCCACUAGGUUCGACACUGAUCGCGUAGCUUCCCGCCAGAUCCUUGACCAUGGCAUGCAGAAUCGCAUCAUACGUGGCCUUCAGACCUCAGCCUGUGGCACUCCUCGCUGCACUAUGGAAGCUCAACAUUUGUGCGAAGAACUCUCUCUUCAGCGCUACUGGGCUGAAGACUUCGUCUCAAGAUUUCCCGAACAUCGUGGGGAGUUUGCAGCCAUGCAACUGAUACAAGCUUUACCUAUGGGUGUUCAAAAGCCGCACUACAUCCAGAUAGGCCCACGCGAGGUCUCUGCUUCGGAGCAGAAUCCGAGCCAUUCACCUCGUGCAACGCAGUACCCCUCCGCAUUUCCUGCUGAAAACAAGGGUGAAUCUCAUCCACAUCCUUCCGCCAUAGAAAUUCCCGUCACCUCGGACGACAAUACACCGCUGAUGCCUCGUUCUCAUUGUGUUGAGCCGAUUGCCGACUUGCUUACCUUCGCAAUUGUUGGCAACGAAACGCCGGCACCUCGCCCGGCCACGCCAACCGUCAACCAUGGAGCCGACAGCUUUCCGAAAAAGGACUUGGGUGAACGGGAAUCCCAGGAUGCGCUCCAUAUGGCUGACACCAUUCAUGUUGCAAGUGAUUCGAAACCCGACGUUUCCCCCGAACAACCCUUUGAGCCAGCACCGAAUACUCCUCUUACAUUUCUUGCCCAGCUCAAGGCUGGCGCCUUUGGUCACCAGUCCCAGUCACGUACCGUGAUCAUUAACAACCUCCCUAACAAUGUUGGCAUUGGUCAGGUCCUUGAGCAUGUCUGUGGAGGCCGCGUCGUCAAAGCUAUUCUUGUCAGCGUGGCAGGACUUCCCGGGUUGGGAGACAUGUCGGCGAUAAUUACUUUCGAGACGCCCCAGGCAGCGCAGAGGUUCAUGCAACUCGCUGCUCAACGAAAAUUUGGCUUCAAGACAAUCAAUGGUAAUCAUGUGGAGGCCUCGGUCGUGUCUUCUGGUGUUGCGUCGCACCCCUUCAAGCCUAAUGUAGGCAGGUUGCUCGAGAUGGGCUGCACCAGAUGCCUCCAGGUGCGUGGACUCAACAGCUCCCGCAUUAGCAGGACUGUUCAGGCUGUUUGCCUUGGCCGCCCAUUACACCACGUUCUUGCCGAAUUCAAAGUCAUCGGCGCUCAGGAAGUCGUGCUUGAAUUUGCAAGCAUUGAAUUGGCGACCGCCUGUUUCUUUUUGCUCACACACGCCAAAACACAUGAGGGACAGGUUGAUGUCCAGGUGCACCGUUCAAUUGACCCUUGCAGUGCCAACAACUUCGAUGCAUCCAAGACGCCUUUCACUGACUGUCGAGCUUUCCCUCACGAGCUCGGCAAACUCAUGUCGUUUGACAAAGUCCCGAAUCUUCUUUCCAUGGAAUCGGCAGUCGACUCGUCGGUCAGCACUGGCAGCCGACAGGUCGAUGACCGACAGAAGCAUGAGAUGCGCGAGAUUUACGACUUGGCUGGUAUGCCAUGGCCCGAGGAAGCUCCGCGCGAACGCUACGCCGACCGAGAGCGAUCUGAUCAAUGGCCAAGCUGGGAGGGCGUCGAUCGUGAAGGCAGACCCUGUAGGUUUGAGCGCGACCCUCUCUCUGGCGCUGUGCAGUUUCGUCACUGCGUCGGAAACUCACUGACCGAACCUUCAAUGUACAGAGAAGAGAGCUAUAAAGAAUGGCUCCACUACAAUCUCGAAACUGAGGACCCCUACGUGCAGGAAAGCCUUGAUCUAUACUUUGCGGCGGAGGGACUCACCAACAUUCGCAAGGUAAAUGAAUACGUCAAAAAGCGUGAAAGCCAGCAAUAG